AUGCCCCUUAUAUCAAAGAGUAUCCCUAUCUUUGGCGGAGAUCGAAGACCACCUAGUCAUUACGCUCCGCUUCUCAAGCUUCGCAACGCGCCUAGCCGUCAUGGCAUCCGCUGCUUUGCUCCAGUCAUGCUCGUCCCUUCGCACUCCUUUUCUCCUAAAAAACAAUUAGUCCGCGGAUCGCGCUCGUCCGUACGGUGCGCGGCUGCCGGCGAGGGCGAGAAGCCGAGCUCGUUCGCGAAGCAGUGGAGCCGCACGGGCGGCAGCAGCAGCAGCGAGAGCGCGAUUUCCGGCGCUGCGCGACGGAUUGCGGAGAAGGGCGGGCGGGGUGAGAGCAGGCCUUCGGGGGGGAAGAAUAAGCGGGGCGGCGGUAAGCCUGCGCGCGGGAGGGCAAGCGGGGACGCGCAGCAGGCGGGGGAGAACGGGGAUGGCGCAGGAGCGGAGGGGGAAGCGCGGGAGGGCGGCGGGAGCGGAAGGCGCGAGCGGCAGAAGCGCAGCCACGUCGUGCUGGAGCCCGCGGAAUUUCCGGAGCCAAUGAGUCGCGACCCGCACGUGGCGAUUCUGGGCGGCGGCAUGGCGGGGCUGAUGUGCGCGCUGGGGCUGGCGGAGCGCGGCAUCCGCAGCACCGUUUUUGAUACUGGCAAGCACGGGCUGGGCGGGCGGAUGGCCACUCGGGAGGUGGAAGUUGCUGGGAAGCUGCGCCUAUUUGACCACGCUGCACAGUUCUUCACCGUCACAGAUUCACGCUUCCAAUCAUACGUCGACAGGUGGCUGAAGGAAGGUGCCCUGCGGGUGUGGGAAGAGGGGCGCAUAGGCACGCUGCAGGCAGGGGGGGCAUUCUCGGAGCUCCCAACCCUUGGUGGUGGUGGCAGCAGUGGUGGUGGUGAAGAGGCGAGGAGGCUCAUCAGCCCCUGUGGCAUGAGGGCAUUCUGCGAGCACGUGAUUGCGGACAAGGUGCGUGCAACACAGCGCAGCACAGCACAGCUGCCGAGUGGUGGUGGUGGCAGCAGUGGUGGUGAAGAGGCGAGGAGGAGGCUUAUGAGCCCCCGUGGCAUGCGAGCGGUGAGGGAGGGCGUGGGGGGUGGAGCGCUUUUUGAGUCGACUCAAAGGCGUGGUUGGGGUGGAGCGGCCAGUGUGGGUGAGGGAGGGCGUGGUGGGGGCGGAGCAGCCAGUGUGUGGAUAGGGAAGAUACGGGCGAGGCAUAGCGGAUCACCAUCCUCACAUCACAUCGUGAGGGAGGGCGUGGUGGGGGUGGAGCGGUCGGUGUGGGUAGGGAAGAUGAGGGCUCAUUUGACCACCGUCCUCGCUCUAUGUUUAUUAUCCCCCCCAACCAACCACCCUCCCUUGCCCAUGACCCCCUCCGCGCCCGCCAUUCCCUGCCCACAGGUGAGGGAGGGCGUGGUGGGGGUGGAGCGGCCGGUGUGGAUAGGGAAGAUGAGGGCGAGGGGGGGCAAGUGGGUGCUGGAGGAGACGGGGCGCAAGGCAGGGGAGUUUGACUUCGUGGUCAUUGCACACAACGAAUUCCUCGUUGCUUUUCCCCUCAUCGCAUCGCAUCGCAUCCUUCCAGGAAAGUGCGCGAACCGUCUUCUCGCUCCCGCAGGCAUCCCAAAGAUUGCGAGACAGAUGAAGCGCCUCGAGCUGAGCUCCAUCUGGGCGUCGAUCAUCGCAUUCGAGAAGCCUCUGCUGGCCAAUGGCAGCGCGACACGUGGGCACUUCGAUGCCGCCUUCGUGGAGGGCGUUCCAGCUGUCUCGUGGAUGUGCAACAACACCGCCAAGCUGGGGGAUUUGGGGGGCGCGGGGAGAGGGGACGGCGGGGAGGGAUCGGGUGCGGUGCGGAGGGGUGAGGGCAUGGAGUGCUGGACGGUGUUCAGCAGUGCGGCGUAUGGCAAGCGCAACAAAGUGCCCCAGGUGGGUGGGAGGGACAGUUUUGAGAGGAUUAAGGAGAACAUCCCUCUGGCGAGGGCAGCGCGGGUGAAGGAGGAGAUGCUGGAAGGUGUGGCAGUGGCGCUAGGCGGCCCAAUUGAGAACAUCCCGCUAGCGAGGGCAGCGCGGGUGAAGGAGGAGAUGCUGGAGGGUGUGGCAGCAGCACUCGGGCGACCCAAGGACUCCCUGCCUGCUGUUCUCUUCCACAAGAUCCAACUCUGCCGACUCAAACGUCGCCGUGCUAGGCCGACCCAAGGACUCGCUGCCUGCUGUUCUCUUCCACAAGAUCCAGCUCUGGUGGGUGUGCUGUGUGCUCAUCUCACGUGCUCGUGGGUGCUUUCAUGUGCUCUGCUCACACGUGCUGUGAUGCUCACACGUGCUGUGAUGCCCACACGUGCUGUGAUACCCACACGUGCUGUGAUGCCCACACGUGCUGUGAUACCCACACGUGCUGUGAUGCCCACACGUGCUGUGAUACCCACACGUGCUGUGAUGCCCACACGUGCUGUGAUACCCACACGUGCUGUGAUGCCCACACGUGCUGUGAUACCCACACGUGCUGUGAUGCCCACACGUGCUGUGAUGCCCACACGUGCUGUGAUGCUCACACGUGCUGUGAUGCCCACCCACACGGGUGCGACUCUCCCUCUGAACGCGCCAACAACAGCAGCAGGGAGCGGCGUGGAGUGCAUAAUGGAUGCCUCCACGCAGGUGGGGCUGGGGGCGGCGCUGCCGCUGAACGCGCCAACAACAGCAGCAGGCGGCGGAGUGGAGUGCAUAAUGGACGCCUCUACUCGUGUGGGGCUGGGAGCGGCACUGCCUCUGAACGCCCCGACAACAGCAGCAGGCGGCGGUGUGGAGUGCAUAAUGGACGCCUCUACUCGCGUGGGGCUGUGUGGCGACUGGCUGCUCGCCCCCUCCGUGCAGGCUGCUGCCAUCAGCGGGCUCGCCAUGGCUGAUAAGCUCUCUUGGCUUGGCGCCCUUGGCUUUGCCCCCAUGGCAGAUCGCAGCUUUUCACGAGGAUGCAGUGGCCGGCGACCAUUCUUGAGACGUCUCAAAGCGAACCUCUUCAUGCCUUCUUCCCUCUUGCUGCCACCGCUCCCAUGGCAGAUCGCAUCGUUCCACGAGGAUGAAGCGGCCAGCGAUCCAUCGCUCUUCUCGGUGGGCCUUGAUGCGUCCUUUGCAGCGGUGCCCGACACGCAUGACAUCGGCGCUUUCCCCGAUGCCACGCCUGCUGCUGCUGACUCGAAUGGCAGCACACAAGGUGUUGCGGCACAUGGGGUUCGAGUGGCUGCAUGA